AUGCUGCGUCCCAAGGCUUUGACCCAGGUGCUAAGCCUGGCCAACCAGAGCACCCUGCUGCUGAAUAACGAGGGAUCUCUGUUGGUCUACUCCGGUUACGGGGAUACAGACGCCCAGGUCACUGGUGCCAUCACCAGUAACAUCUGGGCGGCCUACGACCAGAAUGGGAAUCAAGAGUUUAAUGAAGACAAUCUCAAAUUCAUCCUCAUGGACUGCAUGGAGGGCCGGGUAGCCAUCACUCGAGUGGCCAACCUUCCACUGUGUAUGUAUGCCAAGGAGACUGUUGGCUUUGGAAUGCUCAAGGCCAAGGCCCAGGCCUUGGUGCAGUACCUGAAGGAGCCUCUCACCCAAGUAGAAGCAUCAUAAUGGGUGUUGGUGGAAGCAGGGGUUCAGAAAAGAGAG